AUGUUUCUGCCCUUCUUUCAAGCAGAAAUUUUGUGCUUUUGUUAUGAUUUGUUUUCUGCGCAAUUUGAGGAGAAAAAGGGCGAGUUAUUCCAAAUCCAAGCCACUGUUGUGCGAGAAAUCCGUUUUCGGGUCGAACAGGCAACCGGUCUCACGUGCAGUGCUGGCAUAGCUCCAAACUUCAAGUUGGCUAAAAUUUGUUCUGAUAUGAAUAAACCAAAUGGUCAAUAUGAGCUCGAAAACAGCUACGAAGCUGUAAUGGAAUUUCUACACCCGUUACCAAUCCGAAAGGAGUCAUUCCUGCGCAUAGCACUUGGCUUACCUGGCCGACCUUCUGCAUCUGAUCCUCGAAGGAAGAGUAUCUCAACCGAACGCACUUUCACACCAACGUCGGAUCGAGAUGCCCUUCUUGAGAUGUUAAAGCAUGUCUGUGAAAUGUUGGCUGAAGAUAUGCCUAAAGCAGGCGUUGUGGGAGGACGAUGUGUUACUUUGAAAAUUAAAUUGUCUUCAUUUGACGUGCUGACUCGUUCCGUAACGCCUGGGCGAUUGGUUUCCACGGAAGAAGAUAUACUAGCGAUAGCUAGCGAGACACUAGACCGUGAAUUACCUAACGAGAUUCGUCUGUUGGGUAUACGUCUGAGUAAUUUACAGUUCACUGAUGAUCGGCAUUCUGAUAGCACUAUAUCGGUGAGUGGUGCAUCUAAGCCCUGUCAGACAUAGGU